GGACCGGGCCGGAGAGUCUGGAUAUUCAGGCGGUUGCUCCAUCUAACGAAUCUUCUUCGAUCAGUACUGUGAUCAGUACUGUCAGGGAUCAGGACAGAACGGGUUCAGCGAGGCGGCCAUGGAAAAGAUCAUCGCUCAGUACGCUGUCUGGGAACGUGGUGAGGAUGAGCAGGGGCCCACCAUGCAGCGUCGGACCAGUCCACCCAGGCACAAGCUGCAGGCUAAGAAGCCCUCUGCGCGCCGGUUCUCCGUCAUCGGAUUAUCGCGGGACACCCUCCAGAGCGAAACAAUGGAGCUCACUUUCGGUUGCCUGGCAUUGCACCGCAACUGCUGGGGGAUCCUGCGGGCGCUGCGAGACGCAUGCGAUCCGCAUCUUCGCCAGAUUCAUGACUGGCGGUUGAGAGUAAGAGCUGGUGCUAUAGUUGCGAAGUGUCUCGCCGAACAUGUCUACCUACCCGCUCUUCUUGUCCUUGCUCAUGCUCAUACGAGUGAAUGGGGGCAGCCGGAUCUCCGGUGGGUGCGGUGUGGGUCAACUUAUUAG